AUGAACUCGCCCACGCCGCCGCUCGCGCUGUCGAGCCACCAGGCGAUCAUGAAGUGCCCGUGGCAAUGGCGGCAGCCGUUCCUCGACGCAAAGCGCGAGAGCCGCAAGCGCAAAGUCGGCGACGGCUACUUUUACGACCCCGUGGACCCCAACUUUGUCGACCACUUGCUGCCCGGCUAUGCCCUCCAGUUUGGCGGCCCCGACGUGCUCGAGUCGGACGAGAAGGAGAACAUCCAGCGCGAGAUUGAGCGCCUCAUGACGCAGAAGAACGACCGCCGCGGCCGAGUGGACGCCGCGGCGUUGGCGGUCUGUGCGGCGUCGGACGACGACAGUGGGGCCGUGCGCCGCGAGAACGAGGCGCUCGUGGACAGUAUCCUGCUCAUGUCCAAGUCGGUCGAGGCCUCGUCGCUCACGCUGGGGCUGUUGGCCUCGCCCAAGAGCGUGACGGCGUCUCCCAUGCUGUCCGACGAGAGCAGCAGCGGCAGUGACGACGACGACAAUGAGCGCAGUUCCUUGAGCGGCGACGAGCUGUUUGAUCUCGCCGAAGACCGACCGACGACUCUCCAGCGCAGCAGUCCGUCGCUCGAACUCUUGUCGGACAACUUGCAAGAGGCGUUUUUUGCCGCAGAAGACGACACGCUGCUGGACUUUCACACUGCGUCGACGACCGCUUCGGUGGUCGUAGCGACGAGCGACUGA